AUGGGAAUAAAAGUAAACUCUUACAAACUCCCUCCAACGCCGCUUAUCCCAAACUCACCCUAUCCGCUACUCCACUACCCAGGUCUGCUCCGCGAUCUAGUAUCAUCGCCCACCUUCAAAACUACUCAAAUACUAGAUCUCUACGCCUCAAAUGGCUGGCAAACGCAAUGGAUAGCAAAAUACGGUCUGGAUAUCCAAUCCCACUAUCACUCCACCACACAUGAAGCCAUGACUGUCAUCUCAGGCGAAGGUGCCACCAUCCGCUUCGGUGUUGCCGACUCACCCUCCUGGACCCAGGGAAAGCACUCACCAGGAGAUAGAGCAGAUGGCGAAGAAGGCGGCAUAGACAUUGAAGCGAGGAUUGGCGACGUUUUUAUCAUACCUGCUGGAGUAAGCCACAAGACGUUUCUUCCAAAACCACAUAAUGAAAAGCUCGGGUUCUAUCAACCAAAGGAUGUUGAAGAGGGUCGGGCAGCAGAGAUUGAUGAUGAGAAGGAGCGGGAGAGAAGAAAGUUCUUUGAGAGUGUCGAGGUCGAGAAGAAUUUCAUGAUGAUGGGCGCAUAUCCUUACGGUGGUGUUUGGGAUUUCGCUGUUGGAGGUGAGCAUAAUGGAAAGGAGGGAGAGGUUUGGCAUGUAAAGGUGCCAAAGAAGGACCCUGUGCUCGGGGAUGGUGAAGAGGGCAUUUUGGGACUAUGGCAAGGAAUUUAA